UUUGUGGUCAACAGUGUUUUCGCGAUCUUUGACUUGGAAGAUUUUAUCUUUGUUAUUCGGUUCUGAACAGCUGUAGCCGUGUGUGGCAGUUUGUUUUCGACGCACGUACAGAAUGUAUUAUGCCAGAGGCUCUACACGCAUCCGUCCGUUUUUGAAUUUCGCAAACUCGCCUUUUUUUGUGCAACUCACUUCAAGAUAAGAAGUUUCAGGUUGGCCUACACUUGUAAUGAGUUUUAAAAUCGGAAUUUUCAAACUGUGAAACUCAAAUGCUACGCCUUAGCCCACUAAAUAGUCAUUAAAGUAAAGCGUAACUCAGGUCGAGUCGACAGAAAUUUGGUCGUAAAAUUCCGAUCAGUUUUAAAACAUAAAGAAAGCUUACGACGAGGAAAGCCUUCAAUUUCUGCUGGUCUGACUGCACGUUGUUGGGUUUUUGCUCAGAAAACAAUUCUUGAAAACUCCGUUACCAUGGAUACGGCUCUAAUGGUGGAGUACUCCAAGGAGAUGAAGAAGCUGCGCUCUCGAGUUGACUUGGCAUCGACUACCUUCCAAGUCAACUUCUUGGAAUCCUGGACUCGUCUCUUAGAAGCCCUCUCCUGUCUCCACUACAUUACCACCUUCAUCUUUGUCGGCCACGUCAGCCUCGCUAUCCUUAUUUACCUCCUCUUCACCGACCUGUACUGGAUUUCUCUGAUCUACUUUACCUGGCUAGCAUAUGACUGGAAUACACCGUGCCGUGGGGCCAGGAGAUGGAUGUGGGUACGUCAAUGGAAGAUCUGGAAACGAGGGAGGGAUUACUUCCCCGUUAACUUGGUCAAGACCGCUGAGCUCGAUCCUUCCAAGAACUAUCUCUUGGGAUACCAUCCUCACGGAGUCUUGGUGUUUGGAGGUUUCUUUAACUUCGCUACUGAUGCGACUGGGUUGAGCACUGUGUUUCCCGGGAUGAAGGUGUUUCUGAUGACGUUGCACCAGAUGUUUAAGAUGCCAAUCUUCAGGGAUUAUUUUAUGCUCUCAGGUUCGGUGAGUGUUCGAAAGGACAGCAUAGAGUGGGUUCUCAGCCAGAACGGCGUUGGUAAUGUUAGCGUAGUAGUCGUUGGGGGCGCUCCAGAAGCUCUGGACGCGCAUCCAGGAAUGCAUCGUCUUAGCAUCAAAGCCAGGAAAGGAUUCGUCAAGUUAGCUCUAGUGCAUGGAGCUGAUUUAGUCCCAGCGUACACCUUCGGUGAAAACAACGCUUAUGACCAAGUUGACAAUGCUCCCGGUACGAGGUUGAGACGCUUUCAGAAUAUUAUGACCAAGAUCUGUGGCUUCAGCCCGCCGCUCUUCUACGGACGAGGUUUCUCCCUGUUGCCAUACAGAACACCAAUAACAACAAUUGUUGGGCGGCCAAUCGCAGUGAAGCAAACUCCUAACCCAACACGUGACCAGGUGGAAAGCAUGCACGCCCUCUACAUAAAAGAACUGACUGAACUUUUUGAGACCCAUAAGAGCAAAUAUGGUGUGUUGCCAGAUCAACACUUAGAAAUCGUCUGAAGUUAAUGAAUAUUGUGGCUUUGUCAAGAGCUAAUAAGUCAGGUUUCGUCAUAAUUCACCUGUGAAUUAACCCGAAGUAAACCUCUUUGAACAAAAGGUGAAGCCUUCAACAAGGAACUGUCUGAAGUAUGAUCAGAUAUUGUGCUUGUUGUUUUCAACACGAAUACGCGCACAGCAAUUUGGGGCUUUAAGAUACAUGCGUUCACCGCGAUAUGCGUCUAAUAACCACAAGUAGCAAAUGUGAGGACCAAGAUGGCGAUAGACAAGCGCCCCUCUUCUGAAAAUGAACGCGUUGCAAAAAUGAAUCAAAUGUAUUUUGUUUGGGAGAACUUAUUUCUCCUUAACUUACAGCUAACAGCAAGUCUCAUCUUGCUGAUAGGUUAUCUCAUUCACGGUCGAUACGUGGACUUACGGCUCAUACUUAGGCAAAGUUAGCGUUAGAACUGCAAAAAUUUAUGAGUAAUGUACAUGUAUGGCCGACAGGCGUAUUCCUGACCACCAGAAUCGUUCAUACAAAGUGUGAGGUUAGCAUUGGAUUCGAUACACAGGUUGUGCUUUGUGCUGACCCCUUUGACGAUUAUAAUUAUCGCGGGUACAUCAACAAAUGUCAAAGUGCACCUAACUGUCAACAACUUCGUCAACAACUUGGCCAAGAUCAGUUUCUGUCGCUAUAUUUAGCAUCGAAGACAUCUGUAGCCCCGAAGUAUAAACUCCAACGGGUCAUUUGGUUUAGGUGGGGUGUGCAGAAUUGACUUGAAAAUAUUUGAAGUUGUGUUGACGAUAAUUAGGUUUAUCUUUACAAAGGGCCGAGUUUCGUGCGUGGAUUUUAAAAUCACGUCUGCGUUGGUUGUAGAGUAACCUUGUUUUCCAUUGUAAAUAUUACAAUCAGUGUAGGCAUUGGAAGGAAAUUCAAUAUCAGUCGAAAUUAGGAAAAUAGCUUCAAUUUUACCACUUAUAGAGACAAGGUACUUUACACUGUAUUAGGCCUAUAUCUCGUUUCAACAUUCUGUGAAUUGUGAAGACGCACAUUUUGUACAAUAUGAUGCGAGUGUAGUUGUUCUCGAAAACAAAUUUUCUAGAUACAUGAUUGUGUUUAAUGGUCAACAGUUUCGAGUGUGUUUUUAUCAAGAGACAAAUUUCCCGAAUUAAUGCUGAUGAUGGCUUGCAAAGGUGUGUACAUUGCCCUUACAUGUACAUGCAAAAGCCAUUAAGACGGUACGUCGAGUCAUAGCAGGUAAAGAGAACGGCAUAAAAGGAGAAAAAUGCCAGGGAAUUGCCUCAAAAAACAUUAAACCCCGGGGAAAGGGUGCCACUCCGAUGAAAGUCUUGUAUUAAACUUCAUUAUCAAUUUACACGAGUAUACACGUAUUUACAUUAAAUGUAUGGUAAUACUCAAAACUCAAAGAAAUUUUACCAGACUGUUUGACUUCAUUAUUUGAAUUGAACAAAACUUUACUGGUGAAACUGUUUGCUUGAUGUAUUCACACAAAUGUAUAUACAAUUUGAAUGUUUACCUUUAGACAUACUAGUACAUGUAAUUGUUUUUUCUAGACAUUUAAUCUCUAUGGCUAAGACAAAUACGUGUACAAUGUAACAAUGACUGGUAUUUUGUGCAGUUUUAAUGAACGCACUGAAUAAACACCUUUAUUUAUCAGG